GGCUUCAUAGACUUGUAUCAGAAAAAUCAAGAAAAUGGGCUUACAUGGCAUACAAGGCGAAGGAUACUAACAGAUAUUGCCAAAGGGUUAGCUUAUCUUCAUGAUGAAUGCAGCCAGAAGAUAAUUCAUUUGGACAUCAAACCACAAAACAUACUUUUAGACCAAGGUUUCAAUGCUAAGAUCUCUGAUUUUGGGCUGUCGAAACUGAUUGAGAAAGACGAAAGCAAAGUUGUAAUUAGGAUGAGAGGAACACCAGGGUAUUUGGCCCCUGAAUGGUUGAGGUCGGCAAUCACUGAGAAAGUAGACGUGUAUGCCUUUGGAAUUGUGCUCUUGGAAGUUCUCUGUGGGCGAAAGAAUUUGGAUUUGUCCCAGGCUGAUGAAGAUGUCCAUUUGCUAAGUGUUUUUGAAAUAAAAGCGGAGCAACAGCAGCUUAUGGAUAUUGUUGACAAAAACAAUGAGGAUAUGCAGAUCCACAAAGAAGCAGUGACAGAAAUGAUGAGCAUUGCUGCGUGGUGUCUACAGGGAGAUUUCACCAAGAGGCCAUCCAUGUCAUUGGUGGUUAAGGCAUUGGAAGGUUUUGUGUCUGUUGAAACAAACUUGGAUUACGAUUUCACAAGCCUACCUGAGGUUGCGGCAGACAACCAACAGAGGGAAGACACUAUCAGUUUAAUAUUGCCUUCAAUUUUAUCCGGGCCAAGGUGAACAAUGCUUCAUCACCUGACCCAUCUUUCUCUUUUACAUACUGUUUCCCAAAUUUUUCUUACCUCAGCUUUGACUUUGUUAGCAUCGACAUUUGGCUAACAUGUAAACUAUGUCAUAAUGUAAAAGGAAAACUAAAGUAGCUUUAUUUUACUUGUAUGUGGUAUUUGUAGCUAAGAGUGUAAUGCAAUGUAUAUGGUACUUGUUCGAAUUUUCUAAUAGUUACUAAUAGAAUUUUAUUUUCUAAUUUGCCUCUUUG